CGAUACACACUCCCUCUGACCCAUCAUGGGCAUCUUCAGCUGGUUUCGUCCGCCGUCUGCUCCAGACGAAAUCUAUGCUUCUAGUCUCCGGACACUCCAUCUGGGCCACGCUCUCUGGUUCCCCGAGCCACAUGGGACAGGCGAGCCACAGAUUGGCGAUGUCGGCUUCGUGGACGAGGGCGCGUUCAUCAGGCUGUUCAAUCUCGACACCUCCGUACCUGCUAACGCAUUCAAGGUCGACUCCAGGCCUAAUCCGCUUGUUCCGAAAGAUUAUCCCAGCCAUGGGGUGGAGAGCAAGCAGAUGGACGUCUCGGCAGAGAUGACGGCCAGCGCAAAUGUAUCUGUGACCUUCGGUACCAGUUACACAUGCAAGGCAGCGCAAGGCGCGGUUCUUGUCCUUAAGAGCGAAGCGCACGCAGAGAAGGUAUACGGGAAUCGGCUGCUGAAGAAGUACAUCGUCCAACACUGCGAUAAAUGGUACGCGUACACCAGAGACGUCAUAUUCCAGGACGUCAAGCAGGAGGACAUUGUUGUAGUCAGUGGCUGGGUCAAGACCGCGGCCGAUUGGGCAGCGGUCGCGUUCAGCAACACGAGCACAAGCUCCAGUGUGUCACUUAAGGGUCAUGCUGGGGGCAUUGCCGGGGCUGCAGUCGGCGGGUCGCACUCGAGGUCGAUGACGGGUCCGAGGAUGGAGAGGCAGGGUCAAAACUACCUGAAGAAACCGUCCGAUCCCCCUCUUACUAAAUCCAGAAAGAAGAAAGCGAAAGCGUCCGCUUCCCAUGUUGCCGAGGCGAAGAGGGACCAAUGCGUUCUGGUGAAGCGCUACAAGAUUCGAAAGAGGCUGGGGGUUCUGAAGAAGGUCGUCGCGGGCGCAGGCUACGAUCGACCGCCGGAUUCGGGGGAUGGGCAAGGUGCUUCGGGAGUGGGUGUUACGGCACGGGAAGAUGAAGACGAGGACAUAGUAGACAUACUGGGGCCUGGGAGCGAGGGUGGAGUCGCCGAUCCGCUGGACAUCCUUCUUGACUAUAUACUCGAGAUCUCUGACGUCGAGGUCGCCAUUGCAAGUGACGAUGAUGUUGAGAGUAUUGUCGGUAGCAACAGCGUAGUUGACUUUGGAAGCUACCUUCGUCAAGUGCAGCCUCCGGUGGACAUCGACGGCACGCUCGGAUCGAUCUGCGUGGAAGAUGUACUUCGCCAUGAGCGACAACGUGCCUGUGCGCGCCGCACCAUCACCGCCUCAGACUUGGCGAUAUGGCCGAAUAUCUCCCUUCAUGGUGCUGGUCGCUUGGUAGAUUGGCACGUUUUCGUGAGCCGAGGUACCCGACCGCUGACUCGGAAGUCAAGCCAGCUUGCCUUCACCGAUCCUCAACUUCCGCGCGCUGAGUGCAAAUGCCAUGCGAUGUCGACCGACGGCAAACUUCUCGCGGCGUCAUUCAGCUCCGCCGAUACCCUUGUAUGGCGGCUCUCCGAUGGUCUGUUAGUUCAACGCCUCCAUCAUCAGGGCCAUGGCCAGGGUGUUACUUCCCUGUCGUUUUCCCCUAACAGCCGCGCUCUUGUGACAGCGUACGACGACGGGAUCGCGAUUGUCUGGGAUAUUCAGCGCGGCUGUGUACUCCGACGUCUCGUAGGACAUAGAGGAGGAUUGGACGUUGCUGCAUAUGCCCCUGAUGGCGCGCGCGUUGUCACAGCCGACUGGGCCAUAUUUGUGAAGAUUUGGGACGUCUCAACCGGAGCAUGUCUGGAUUCCUUCAAACCCGAUUCAACUUGGCGUAUAAACCAAUUCACCUUCUCUCCGGACAGCUCGCGUCUGUGCAUUCGAACAUUCGGCCCCUGUUUCAUCUACGAUAUGCAGUCCUAUAAGUGUGUCGCUGUAUUGCAACAUAACAACUUGAAGGCCAGGAAGACUGGCUGUUCAAUGUCUCGCCAAGGCGAUCACGUAGUCACCGCAACAUACGACUCCUGUAAUGGAGUGAAGAUUUGGAACACAGCGACCGGUAAAGGGCUUCUCACAGUCGGCAACGAGAGAAAACUGUCAUGCCCUGUAGCAUUCUCCCCAGAUGGAGCCGAAGUAUUGGCCGCUUGCCCGGCGGACAAAACGGCUCUCGCUUACGACUCGCGGACGGGCCUGCUACGCCGCAACUUCAAGCCUUCAUUCACACCCCGUUGUGUCGCAUACUCUCCGAAUGGAGAUUACGUUGCUUUCGCGAAUCAACAGGGUAGUCUCGAAAUAUAUGGCGCGAAGUCUGGGACAUUUAUCGGAAAAGGCGAUGGACCCAUGAGCGAUGCGAUCAUAGGCGAAGUUGUAUUUUCACCCGACAGUCAGAAUAUUUUGGCGUGUUUCUCGAGAACCUCUCAUGAAUUUCUCCGUCUGUAUAACAUACAAGAUCUGGUGCGGAUGCGAUAAUAUAUAACAAUUUGCUGAGC